AUGCCAAAACGUAAAACUAAAGAUAAGAUUGAAUAUUAUAAAAGCAAAUUACGAAAGUUGGAAAACAAAAGCCGUCGUCGGAUAAGAUGCCUAUCGCCUUCAUCGGAUUCGGAACAAGAAACAAGAGAUACAAAUUCAAUUGGAAUUGGGGAUCCCGUAACUAUGAGCUCGGUUAUUGACGCCGAGCCUGGGACAUCAAUGGAAGCACCAAAUGAAGGGGUUACUGGUCCUGAAGUCUGUAUGAAUUCACCGGGCGAUAACAAUGUGGCGAAUUCUUCAACUGUUCCCGUUUUGGAUCCAAGUAUUUUGGCAGCAUUAGGGGAAAUCACGGACGAAACCCCAGAGUUUGAACGCACCGAACGCGACAAUACGCUGUUCGGUAGCGAUCUCUCAGAAAAAAUAAAAGCCUCUAAGACUAUUGUCAAACAAGGGAAACUGGCAGGGACCUUCUCGUUCCCAGCCGAACAGAGGAGGGGGGCGAGGAGGUCACAAGCGGACCAGCUACCGCAUUCCAACUUCUACCAGCCAGUCGAAGACCAGUCACACUUACAAGCCGCGUGUCUCAACGCGACGUCAGUGACCCAGGAACUAUCACCAUCCUCUACACAGCCAUCUUAUGCUGGCUGCGGCGAUACUCUCCGAGAAGCCUUCCUUCGGCGUAACAUCCCAGUCCAAGCUAUAGAUCUCAUGUUGGCGUCACUUUCUGAUAAUACCAAGAAACAAUACAGUGUAUCAUAUAAACUCUGGUGGCAGUUUUGUAAAACAAAUAACAUGAAUAUUUUUGACAGUACGGUAGCAAAGAUAAUAUCAUUUUUAACUGAAGAAUUCAAUAAAGCGGAGAGCAGCCUGUCUGAUUUUGCAAAGCGCAAAGUUCAUUACACGGCAAGUAAUCCCCUCAAAAAGGAACUAUUCACUGCAGACACCAGACCCGCAAGCUUAAGAAACCUGUACGAAAAGGCAACAACCGAUCGACUUUCAGCUUCAAUACUUGACCAAUUAAGAAGAGAUUCUCAACAUUCCCAGUAUCUUCUUUGCACACCCGUACUAAGUUCCAAACGAAGAAGGAUACAUCAAAAGGUCGACGUCGACAUCGAGACUCAUAUUCCGUCAGUGGUAGAACAUUUACGGAAAUGGACGUCAAAGGAAGCUGUGGGAGAUGUGACAGCUAUGCCGGACGCGUCGAUGCGAAUCGCAAGCAGCGUUACUUUAACGCCAGAUGAACUCUCCGAGUGUGGGUCUGGUGAUGAUGAGCCCAUAGAUCAUCGGCUACCAAGUCCUGAGGAACAAUUACGUGUUAUUGCCUCUAAAUUUCCACCAGAAGUAGUCGCUAUAGAUACGUCAGGCAAAUUCUUCGAUAGAAUGUGCAGUUCACGGAAAUCUCUACACGUAGAAACAAUAAGUGGUGAAACGGACACGGUGAAGCGUCGUACGCGCACGAGGAAACCACGGGGUAAAAGACGAAACACCAUUUCGGGCACUGAUCAGAAAGAGCUUAGAGAGGCUAUAGCUGGUGAUACAACAAAUGCUGUGGCUUCUGAAGAGAUUGAAGAUAAUACAGUCGUCCGGUCCCGGUCAAGUGACUUGCUUAAGAAAAGUCCCACUGAUAAUAAUGCUAAGAAAAGUCAUUUUAAUAGUUUAAAACAAUGGGGAAAGAACAGAUUAAAAAUGAUUGGUAGAUCACCUAGUGCUAGCAGAGACAGUUUUAAAGAAUCUAAAAUAGACAAAAGUAACGAAUCUAAGUUAUCUGUACGCUUAGACGAUGAAGCAAUUCAGGAGACGGUUGUAAUGCGUAAGAAACGUCCAGAUGAAGAGGACAGAAGAACACAUUUGAGAUGCGCUUCUUACUCUUCGUCCGAAAAGAGUAUAGGAGUUCCGAGCAGUAUUCAAAAUACAGCAACAAUUAGCGCUGGAGUGCGAUUGCGUGGGUCUUCAACACAAAGAAGGUCAAGAAGAUCUGGUGUUGGGAAAGAUGAACCACACUCGUCCAGCGGUAAUUGGUCUGCGAGUUCGGAAUCAGGGAGAACAAGUAUUGGUUCCGAAAUUACUACCACAACUGUUCCACCUAAAAGUACAACGUCUGCUGCCACAUCUAAUAAUUCCCUUAAUUUUCAUCACGGCCCACCGAGUUCGAUCAUUAGUAGACGAAGAUUCCUAAAUACUUCAGGAUCAGGAAGCGUUACUAGUGAAGGCACUCUUACACCAGAUAUAAUUCAUGACUUACACGAGGACUUAGAAACUAGUUCAGAAUUUUCUUGCGACACAGAAGGAUAUUAUACUUCGUUCCAUAUGGACUCAGGUCUUAAAACUUUAAAGGAAGAAGAAAUUUCGCCUAGCACCCCUUUGCACUCAACUAUUGCUUUGUCAAAUUCGUCAAAUAGUCAAAGUUUAUCAGCGGAAAAUGAAUACGAACUUUUCGGUAAAGGCUCAACAAGCACGACUACGAGCUCGGCCGGUACAGUUUGCACAACUCUUAUGGCAGCGGAUAGCGAUAGAUCCUUGGUGAUUGGUCCUACUGUACCUGAACGUAAAAGUUCACUAGCAAUAAUAAAUCGCAGUCGUGGAAGUAUUAAUUCCAAUUUAGAACGUGCAACAUCAUUUCCAAAGUCACCUUUCAAUAGUUUAAGAUAUAAUAACUUAAGGGCAUAUACAGAUAAACCAGUAUCAAGCUUUACAAUAUCCGAUACAAAUACUUCAACCACAGUAACUAUAUCAAAGAAUGUUGGAACUCAAAGAGAAAUCACUGCUGUUGUAGAAGUACACGCAGAGACUGAUAUCGAAAGUGCUAAAAAGAGUACAGGCACGAGUUCACCAGACUCAGGACAUAACACUUCUAGCUCACCUAUAGAAGACUCAGUUUCAAGCGCUCAUGGAAAAAAUAGUCUUUCUGAACAAGAUUAUUCAGAAUCAUCCGAUCUAGAAGGAACUGACCGAAUAGAAAGAAUAAGAUACAAAACAACUAUAAACAGUUCCCGAAUACCUUCUAUGUGUGUCAUCACUCCUACGAACUCUGACGAUGAAAGUGUAACUAGCAAUAAGAGUGUACACAAAAAAAACACUGAUAGAAUCGAUCAAUCUUUAGCGAAGUCAGAGAGCCGACCAAAGCUAGAUUUACCAAAUGAAGAAAGACACAAAGAUAUUAGAACCUCCGAUGCAGGAAAAACCUGUAGAACUCAGAAUCAAAUAAAGGCUUCGCUACAUCCAUUUAACAAUUUUAUGUGUCGACUUAAAGGAGUGCUUCCGAAUAAGCUAUCUAAUAAGAAAUCACCAGCUCCGAAAGACGUUGAUAUGUUAGAAGAUUUUUAUGACUCAGGCGAUUAUGUAACAAUUGCAGAUGUUAAGAAUAAUAAUCAAAAAGUAUCAUUAAAUCACGGUACUUACGCCAACAAUGAUAUCGUAAAAAAGAAUUUACAAGCUGUUUUGUCGGGCAAACUAUCUGAAACGGAAUACGUUUCUUUAAAUGAACUACCUAAUUGCUUAAAUGAAAGCAAAGAUUAUUUGGAACAUGGCACCAAUGAAAGACAGUCAGGCGUAUUGGAUAAUAUACAGAGAAAAGGAGCGAAGGUUACUUUAGACUCCCAAGGCCAAGUUAUAUACUCAUCUGACACGUUGAAAAGAAGAAAAGGAGCUCACACUACAUUUGAACCCGGCCCAUUCGUUCAGGAAAUAUGUCCUACGACUUCCGUUAUCCAACGAGAAAGCGCGGAUGUUGUGAAAAUCACAGAUGAAACUGACUUCCCGUACGCACCUCCGAGCAAACCAACAUCGCCUCAAUUAGGAAAAAUGAUAAUUAAAGCACCAAUCGACCCUCGAGGCGUCGUAACUACGGAAUUUGUGACGCUCCCCAUUAAGCCUAGUACCAUCAUAUCCGCUACUCCUGUUACUGCCGCACCUGUUUCAACUAGCACAAAAUCUGAAACAGUUACUAAAUCAAGUCAAGACCUACCUAGAGUAGUUGAAGUUAUAACGAGAACGGGUGCAUACGUUAACAUUCACGAUGCCGAAGGUGUCAGCUUAUCCCCAACGAAAGAUGAUAUUGCAGGUAAGAAUAUUCCCAAAACCUCGAAAGUCAUCAAUGACUCACAUUUCGAAAAUUCAAAUAAGUCUCUCGACGAAAUAAUUCCUUUCGUACCUAAUUUUCAAACGUCAAUUAUGCUUAAAAAGUGCAAGGACUUUAACAAGGCAGGCGAUAAAGUUGCAGAAGUUAUGAAAAUGUUCAAAAGUAAUGUUGAUGAAAAUGUAGAACAUAUCGAAAGCAUCAACAAGUCCCUUAAUACUAAAAUUAAACGUAGCGAUAGUUAUAAACUAGCCAACUCUCCAUUAAUGCCCAUAAAAAAGCUCCUUAAGUUCGAUACUUUUGCAAAUAACGCAAAAAAAGUAAAUUCAUUUGAAAUGAUCCAAGCUGAAAUCGCAGCAGACUUACUUCGCGAGCAAAUCAAUUACCCACCAACAGUGUCUCCUAAGUUAGGUCACAAGGAAACUUUUGACGAUUUUAGUAAAUGCGAAUGCAUUAAUGAUAAUGAGAGUUUCGUUGACAAUAAAUUCGAAUCAGAAUUAUCUGCCUUGGCUUUAAGUCCUCUAAGUACUCCUUUUCCAAAGCGACAUACGAUUGCUUUAGUUCCGGAUAAUAGGGAUAGGGCUAUAGAUAUGUUAUCAGCUAUACUAGACUCUGACCCUGACACCGUCUGCGUGUUGCACUCGCCGCCCGCCUGUCCUUUGCCACCCGGCAAAGUUACAGUUCCCUUUGACGGAUCUUUGCAUAGGGCUAGAAUACUAUCAAUCUCAGAAUCAGAAUAUGGCACUGAAAUUUGG